UUUUUUUUUUGUUUUUACCUGUCAAGGGGUUUGGACACUUGUCAACAUAGGAAGUUGAAAAAAUUUGCUAUUUUCCUCAAUCUGUGUGCCUCUAUAAAUAGCCAGAUUCUUCCUUUAUUGCGUUUUUUCUCCAAUUUUCGCUCUGUCAACUGUUCAUCUUCUUCUUCAUCUUCUGCGAUUCUUUCUUGAAUUCUUGCUUUCAAAAGACUUCUUGUUCUCACCUUUCUGUUUAUCACCAAGUUAUUACUUUUCUUUUCACUUGAAUUCUCCUCAACUAUCUCAACAACCUGUGAUUCCCAAAUUUAACCCUAAUCCGUUCUUUUACACCAUCUUUACACCUUCAUCAAUGGCGUCAGGUUCAGAUGUUGGAAAAAUCCUUCCUUCCGCCGGUAAGUGGACCGCCGCCAUUCUUUCUUCUUAUGAUACGGAUGUGGUUCCAGAACCGUCGUUGCGUCUGGACUUGCAAAAGUUUUGGGAAAAUCAAUUGAUCUUUCCUUAUUCUGUUGAUAAUCUUGUGCAUGCGUUUGGGGGACCCAAACCAAGUGAUAAAAGUCGGAAUUCCAAGGUUUUGUCUAUUUUUCCUGUUUAUAAACCUUGUGUUCCUAGGGUUUUCAUUAGUGAACCCUAUAAUUUUAGCUAUAUCAAGGCGCCUAACAGAGUGUUUCGAUCAGCUCCUUCUUUGAAUGAUCAAUACCUUGGCUGGUUAGACAGGGUACAACGUGACAAAGCUGACAUUUGGCAAGCUUGUGGCAUUUAUGACCUUAUUCAACUUUCUCGGACCGGCCUUAAAUAUCAACAGGAAAUGAUUGUUGCUGCUUUGCACUUCUUUGAGUCUUCCACCAACACUUUCCACUUCGAAUGUGGCAUGAUGACUCCUACACUGCUGGAUGUUGCUGCCAUUACUGGCUUAUCGCCUCUUGGCGACACUUAUGAUCCUUGCAAAGCUUCCGACACCAUCAAAUUCGACUUUCGAAACAAGUCUUACUCUAAAUACAUCGUGGAGAAUCGAAAGACUAGUGAUGAAGUAAGUGACGAAGAACACAUCGCUUUCUUAACCUUAUGGCUAUCGCAGUAUGUCUUCUGCACUCAAUCUCUCCAAGUAGCCAAGAAAUUCAUCCCUAUGGCUAUUCAAUUACAUGAGUGCCAGCAAUUCAACUUCGCUCGGCUUAUUCUUGGAUGUCUUUAUGAAUCCAUGAGGGAUGCUUGUGAACAUCUUAAAAGAACAGGUGAUGGAUCCACCUUUUUAGGUGCUGGCCCCUUCUGGUUACUGCAAUUAUGGCUAACUGCCACUUUUCAUGCUGAGCUUGACCUUUUCUUGCCUGAGCCAUACUAUGAGGAAUCAAGAACACGUCGAGUCGAAGGCACGAGGUUGGCGAGAAUGGUGCCUAGGGAAAGAGGCCUUGGUUAUGAUGUAGCCUUCCAACAGUAUUUUAAUGCUUUUCUCAGCCUGAAGAAGUUCAAGCCUAGCUUUGCUCCUUUUGUAGAUAGGCCACUUGGUCCUCCUUGGUUUACUCACAGAUUUCCUUCUCCACCAGAAUUUGAGAUGGUAACCAACAGCAUUUGGAAUGCUUACUUGAUGCCUACAGUCUUGUCUUGUCGAAUUGGCUUGACCUCUGGAGAUUUUGGGUUAGUUGGCUACUUCCCAAACCUGGUGUCUCGCCAAUUUGGCUUAACUCAAAUACUCCCUAAGAGCAUAUACUUGGAAGAAAGGGAGGUUUGUUUAGGCAAGCAUGGCAUGACAGAACCACAGUUCCAUUCAUUCUUGAACCACUUCAAUCAGCCUUCUUAUGAGCUCACCCCAUUCGACUUCGCUCCCUCACAUGCCUGCACUAGGGAAUUUUUUACCUGGUGGUCUCGACACUAUGAAGGACGCCUGGUUGACAAGACUGCCUUACUCACUGCUAUCUCUAAUGGGUUCGACUCAUCUAUUUUGAACAAGAUUAAGUCGAAAUUGAACGCCAGAGGGAGUAAGUCGAAGGCAGGUUCCAGCGACUCUAGCAAGCCUCUUCCUCCACCAUCUAAGGUUGAACUACAGAUUGCUUCACGCAAGAGGCCUCAUUCAACUGAAACUCCUUCUGUUUCGAAAAAACAAAAGCCUGUUCCAGCCACUUGUUCGAGUGCUCCAGAUAAGGAUAUUCCUGUUCUCUCGACCAUCCCCGAACAGACUACCGUUGUUACUACUCAAGAUCUUUUUCCCAGUGCUGAACCCAUUACUGAUGAGAAAAAGAAAAAGAAGAAGAAGAAGAAAGAACGCCAAACCACCCAAGAAAGUACUCCUGAGCGCAAGUCCUCUGAGAUUGAGGCACAACCUGAUACUCUGGCAUCACCUGAAGAUCCUCCUUUGGAACAACCGGAGAGGAAGAAAAAGAAGAAAAAGAAGCAGAAAAAAUCUCCUGCUGCAACUACUGUUGUCGAGGCUUCUGCUACUGCAAAAGAAACAACUUCACAACCUGAAGCUUCUGCUACCCCUCAAACCCAAGUAAGCCAUUCUUAUUUCUUGUUACUUCUCCAGCUUUUGGCUGUGUUACUCAUUCUUUCAUGGUUUUAUUUGUUUCAGCCACAAAACUCUGUUCAAGUUAUUUCUCAGGAUGAGCCUACUCCUAGCAAAGCGGCUGAGGGGGUGGUCGAAGGACCAAGCGAUGCACAUCCUGAAGAUGUUGCAGAAAAAAUCCCAUCUCCUCAGCCUGUCGGAACGGCCAUUCUUACUGAAACCUCGUCACCGCCCAAGGCUCCUGGCUCGCCUCACCGCGCUUUCGAAGGUGACAACCUUAAGCCUGACAAUGAAGAAGACCAACUCGAUCAAAGCUUACCACAACAGAAUCCUUCGACAAAUCCUGCCCAAGUAUUGGCUGAUAAUGAUCCUCCAACCAACUUUCAAGCUGACCCCAUUGCUAAUACUGAACAAAAGCCAACAGUUGAUGGCGAGCACUCCACUACCAAUCACCCACAACUAAGUGGGUCAAACCAUGAGUCUAGUUCACCCAGUGCUGGCACUUUCGACUCUGAAGAUGGGAACUCCUAUAUUGGUGAUUCACUUGGUGAAGAGGGAACUUCCGUGUCGAAGCCAUUUCCUACUGUUGUCCUGCCGGCUGAACUUGCCAAAAAGUUAAAAGAUUUAACUCCAGUAGAUGCACUUAGCAAGCUUUUAUCAAGCUAUGGCACCUCUAGCUCCGCUGUUGAGGACACAGAGGGUAGGGAAGAUGUACUUGAGCAAGAACAGUUUGAGCAUGAAAUCAGGUUCGGGAGAGAAAUUCUUAAUGGGGAUAUGCUGGGCUUGCUUGAGCGUGACUCUUCUAUAUAUUACAACAUCAAAGCCCUUUUUCGCAAGCUGCAGAACCCAAGGACUGACGAAGCCAUGUUCCUUCUAGUGACUCAGGCUGAAACCUUUUUAGAACAAUUCGUUAGUCAAUCUCAGCUCCUAACCAGGACUAGCAGCCUUUUGACAUCUCUGCUUGCCACCCAGCAACACCAUUUCGAGCAAGCUAAUAGUUGCAAUGCAGAGGUCACAACUAUCAAGGCUGCCUCUGAUGAAGCUCUUGAGCAACUUGUGGCUUGUGAGAACAAUAUUGCUCAAUGGCAAUCUGAAAUCGAAGCGCUAAAGGCAAAGAUUCGACAAGAGGAGGCUAAGAUGGAAAAGCUAGCUGCAGUGGCUAUUGAAGCACAAAAGGUUAAGCUUGAUGCGCUAGCACGUGAAGGUAUCCAACACUACAGUGAUGGUCUAGCUGUCCAGAAGCGAGUUGAGCACCUUGCUAGUGAUAAAGAAAUGCUACAACGUAAACUGGCGUCCAUUCGAACUCAGUAUUACCAAUUUCAAGCGGCCAAUCGAAAGCCUCCUUCAACAUCCCAACAACAACCUUGA